CAUCACCAUUUUAUUCAAAAAUCAAAAAAGAUCAUCUUACACCUGUUGCUUUUUUUUUUUCUCUCUCUCAUCUUUCAAAGAGAAUCUAUUUGGCUGUCUCUCUCUCUCACUUUUUUCUCUACUUGGUUCAAAUCUCUCUCUCUCUCUCUCCUCUGUGAUUUUUGGCCCAAUUUUUUUUGACUUGAAAAAAAACUUGAUUCCAUCAACUUGAUCACCACUGCCACCACCACCACCACCACCAUCAUCAUCAUCAUCAUCAUCAUCUUGUUCUAUAUUUAUGAAAUGAGUUAAAUAAUUUGAGUGAAUAUCAACAACAACAAACCCCCAAAUGAAUCUUUUUUUUCUUCAUCAGAUUAUGAUGUAGAAUGAUUAUGAUCUGAAGAAUAUGUUAAUCGUUUUCAUUUAAGUGUUUAAAAAUCAUCAUCAUCAUCAUCAUCAUCAACAACAUCAUUAGCAAAAUGAUAAAAUUCAUUGAUUUUCGAAAAAUUUUUCUACUUUUGUUCAUUAUUCUAUUUGCAUUGAUACAUCAAUCAUCAUCAACAAGAAAACGUUGUUUUGCAUGUCGUUCACGUGGUAAUCUUGGUGAUUGUAAAGAUCCAUUUGAAUAUAAUGCAACAACAUUUGAUGGCAUAUAUGGAUCUAGUCCAGUGGAAUUACAACCAUGUGCAUCUGGUUGGUGUGGUAAAUCCAUUGAAGAUGAAAAUGAAGGUCCACAUAUAAUGGCCACAGAAAGAAUGUGUCUAUUACGUCCACCAAGUGAUGGUAAAGAACGUUGUUCGAAAACAUUUUUAAGCAAUAGCCGUAAAACAUUUUAUAUGUGUUUUUGUAAAGGCGAUCUUUGUAAUAGUGCUGGCGCUAUUCUAUUCAUUGGUUCAUUAAACAUAUCGACAAUAUUUUCAAUAUCUGGUUUAGUGAUUUUUCUUACCAUUUAUAUUAUGUCUGAAUGAUUUUUUUUGUCGUUUUG